AUGGUAUCACCUUACCCUAAAAUCGUUACUCUUCCAACGGUUGUUGUCGCGCCGUCGUUUACAACAGCAUCAGGCUACGUGAAUGCUGAACACGGAGUCGUGUUUGACGCUGGUCUGCUGUUCCUCGCUGGCGCCAUUCGCCACUCCCAGCUGGCUGUGUUCAUCCUGUUGCUGAACUUAGCAGACCUGAAGCUGCGGAACGCGGCAGCCGUGACCGCAACCCGGUUUCCGCAAGCCGAGCUGCACAAUACUGAGCUGACAUUGGGCGACUGCCCCAUUAUGUGUGUUGUGCGGGGGGGACAGGCAGGCGCUGGUGUUAACUGCAUCCACUCCUCACCCCCCGAAAAUCCCCAAGGCAGCGGUGACGGCACUGUUAUGUCGACUGUGGGGCAGUUUUAAGUGGCGUCCAAGUGUUGCGUGUUUUUUUGCCUCAGGGGUGGUUUGCUCCGGCGGCCCAUAUUGCAGCGGCCCAGGGAGGGUGGAGGGCCUGCUCAAGUGCCUGCAGGGGUGGGUGGUGGGGUGAGCGCGGCAGUCGGGCGGAACACGUGCGUUUGAGCGAAUUUCGGUCAAGUGGCUCGGCGGGUAGACGUGUGGGCACAAGCGGAUGUAGGUCAAGUGGCCGCAGCGGGUGGCGUUGUUAUGCCGGAAAAAAUCCGGUUUUCUACCCAUCACAGGCGUACCAUCGGCAUAAUUACACAACUGAACAGCCAAAAACCCGGCCGUAUGCGCGGGUCGGGUUGUGUCCAAAUUUCAGCGCAAUCGGUGCAGUACUUUCGGAGAUUAGAUAUAACACAGGAAAAAAAUCCUUCCAUUUUUAUAUAUAUAGAUAUUGCUUGCCGUUCAGUUGAUGGUGCAUUUUCGUGUUUAGCUUGCUGUCAUGUGAAUUUUCGCUGUGCUUUCACGUUCCUGCUGUAUUUUUUAUCUGCUUUUCCCGUUUGCAUGUCCGUCAGACGUUCCUACCUCCGUUCCGAGCCUCCUAAGGGUCUCUUAUAAAAUUUUGUUGAGUUCUCCAGUACCUCACUCGGACUCAGAACUAGUAUAGAUCUAUAAUCGAAGUGAUGUCCACUUUCCUCGAACAUACGGGCUGGAACAUGAUGAUGUUAAUCUAUAAUCUUUACCUGCCGCCUCUAAGGUUGUGAUUUAAAUAUACUGAAUUUAAAGCGCCGAGGAUGGUCUUUCGCUUUUUGGCCUUUGCGUGCGUUUUCCGCUACGGCGCCCGGCUAAGGGAAGUGGAGAAGAAUGCAUGCGUGAUUGAAUAAUAGUAAAUAAGGUCGAAAUAAGCAGUGAGUAGUUUUAACUAUAGCCCCGUGUCAAAUGUAUUUUAUAUACUGGACCCCCGCAAGAAAGCGCACAGGCCCUAAUGGUGAUCUAAUUAAAGACUUUCCCAAACCAGUUAGAUAGUGUUUGCGAUGUCGAUUUGUAUAGUGUUUUCCCCUGUCAACAUUUCUUUCCUGUCUUUCUGGUUUACCCUGUAGACCCUCGUUUUGACCUAUUCAAUAAACCGGAACCGACCCUGAUAGCAUUUAUUCACCAAGGGCUAGACAUUUUCUGGCUCGUUUGACCUGCGGGCUAGUGCAGGACUAGUAAACUGACUGGCUGAAAAAGCUCGAUCUCUGCGAGGAAAGGAGCUUUUCUGCUACACCCCCUUCCUCGAUGCUCACCCAAGUGCUUUUCACACGUCACGCCUCGAGGGCCCCUUUGUGCGUACGCACACAUGAUGGGUUCUUGCACGCAAUUUGUCCAGAAUUUGGGCCCCUGUCUGACGACUUAAACCGCCUCGGGCUACAACGCCCCCAACUCGCCCGAGAAGGCGCGUCAACCUACUGUCCCCGUGUGGACAGUGUCCGCUGGGAUUGUUGCAAAAAUCCACUGGGCGAGUAGAAUGCUAUCAGGGCGAUGAGGCCAAUAUUCUUCUUACAGAGGGAGGAAGUUCUUUCGAUUCUAAUUAUCCGGAAAUGCAUUGUGCAGGCAACACAGCAUAUACGUACCUGAAAGAACACCAAAUUUGCCCGAUAUAAGGCAGAAUGACAUCAUAACCAAGGACAAAACUUCAUCAAAACUGCACGGGACCUAGCCCCAUAUAGCAGCAAAUGGCCCCGGGGCCAUUCGUAGGCGGAGAAGUGGCAUUUAUUGCUGUUUUUCCGUGUCUGUAUUCCUUUGCAUUUAGUACUAUCCAGCAUUUUAUCACUCUGGAUUGGGUUCAUCCCUUUACAGAGGCUCCCAGCAAAGUAAAUCGAUUGUCGAGGCCUUAAUCCAACAGCAGGCACUAUUGCGCUUGCACAGUCACAAUCUGGGGUUGUUAGUCGCAUUCUACGCAUUUCGCUUUCGUUUAUAUAUUGAAAGCAGUGGUCGUUACCUCUGCCGCAGUUUUUGACACCAGAUAAGGCCGGGCUCAUCAGUGAUCCUCAUCAGCAUAGGGGAGGGAGGAUACACACGUUAGAAAAACUGGGCCAUGAGAAAAGAGUUUAAUUUCUUUAACUUCGGAGAUCCCGAAAUAGUGCUUAUUUAAGUAACCGCUUUCAUUAGGCGGUUUUAACAGUGCGGGUCAGCCUAUUUGGCGUGACAUUUAUUCAUGAUAAUGAUAGAAACGACAGGCAACAAUAACUAUGACACCUCUAAUAACAUGUAAACUAGUUCCUGAUUUAUGUAUUUCAAUUUGACCCGCAGACUCAAGGUUAGCCAUAAAUUUGCUUUUCGUAACUCCGUCAAAAAUGAAUUUAGGGUUGGAGCUGUCAUCAGAGCACACAGUGCUGACAGUACGUAUGGCUUGUCUGCUUAUUCACGCAUCACAAAAAGGGGCAAAAUGUAACGUGAGCAAGUAAGACAACUUGUUUGUUUUUGGACAUUCUCUAUUACUUAAUUAAGACACUAGUCCGGUCGACAAUAUUGAAGGUGGCACCCAUGGGAAAACGUGUAAUUUAUACGUUAAUCUUGUUCUGCGGAAGCUUCUUAGCGUUAUACAAUAGGAACCCCGGAGUGCUAAUAGUCCCGUCUCAGUUCUACUCUGGUCGUUUACAAAAUGUUUACAACAUUCCUCCCUGACUUCGUCCAACCAGAGCUAUAGAUGAAAUCAUUUUCUGCUGUAUUUGCGUGACACAAGAUGAAGACACACUCUCUAGCCAUAUAGUUUGACUCAUCAAUACGUUCAAACAUAUUCCAGGUAGAUGUGAUUGUACCUGUGCAACGAAAUUUCCAAGUGUCAUUGGCAGGGUAGCCUGAAGUACCUAGAUGCCUCUAAUAAGUAUUUCUCCAACAUGUUUUGCACCUAUGCUCGUCUGCAGAGAAGCCCAUAUACUCGUUAUUUUAUCGGCCUUGUUGUUGACAGAAACUGAGAUUCUCAACUUUGGUCGUGACUAUUCGCUUUAGUCCUAAAGUUAUAUUUUUCACAAUUUGAAAAACAAUGCAGGUGCAUAGUUCUAAAUCUAUUCCGUGUGUGGUUAUCUUGACAUUUGAUUGACCACUAUUCUCACGUUGGAAUUACCUUUCGAAACCAGUUGUCAGCGUCUUUUAUUUUUAAAUACUGCGUGUUUUCCAGCUUUAAUGCUUGAAUCCGAGCUUGUUAUUAAUUUUCUCACAGGCUUUGUCCGAAAGCUUGACAGACUCUUAUUUAUUUUUUAUUACCCAUUGGCGCCAGUAAAUAUUUAUAACCGAAGUGGACUCGUCUUAGUGACUCCUGGUAGAAUCAUCAGUCUCUAACCUUCUUAAUGUACUAUUCGCACGGCCCUUUCGUCCUCAUGAGGAUUUAUCUUUCAGCCUUCUCCAUUCAAUGCGACUACCAGUUGUUGCAGUCUGCGGUGCUACUGGAACCGGCAAGUCGAAAUUGGCAAUCGAUCUCGCGUUGGCUUUCAACGGUGAGGUCUUGAAUGCAGAUGCUGUUCAGUUGUAUAAGGGCCUUGACAUCGCGACCAACAAGGUUGGUAUGAUCUUAUGUUUGUUGAGGAGAUGCUUGAUUCUCUUAAUGCACUGUUUGUUAGAUUUUGGUAUGCGCUGGGCCUCGAAAUGAGUGUUUAUUUAUUCCUAUUUUGCUGUUGCCCAACAUAAUGAUUUAUAUUUUACGACGGAAAUGGACUGAUGCCCGUAUGAGUACACUUGAGAAAGUGAAAUAACUAUAUAUAUAUAUAUAUAUAUAUAUAUAUAUAUAUAUAUAUAUAUAUAUAUAUAUAUAUAUAUAUAGAAUGAUAUUACCGACAAAGACAAGGGAGACUGGAAUGGCCAUUUCUGGCUUAUUAGCCGUCGUCAGCCAGCCAUACCCAAGCCCGAAGUGUGGAACACCCGAGCCUCGAACUCGCGACCUGUUGGUUUAGAAGUCAACGCCUCUACUCACCGGGCCACGAGCCCGUUGCCCUGUCGGUUUUCAAUCGGGAAUAUACAAUGUUAGGGGGCGCUCACCGAUCGUUCAUACGGAACUCACUCGUUCCGUUGUGCCUUAUGGACUCUCUCUCGAGCCCAACCAGCAGCCGCACAGCGGCGGCACCGGGCAACGGGCUCGUGGCCCGGUGAGUAGAGGCGUUGACUUCUAAACCAACAGGUCGCGAGUUCGAGGCUCGGGUGUUCCACACUUCGGGCUUGGGUAUGGCUGGCUGACGACGGCUAAUAAGCCAGAAAUGGCCAUUCCAGUCUCCCUUGUCUUUGUCGGUAAUAUCAUUCUGCCUAUAUAUCAUGCGCCGCUGUGCGGCUGCUGGUUAGGCUCGAGAGAGAGUCCAUAAGGCACAACGGAACGAGUGAGUUCCGUAUGAACGAUCGGUGAGCGCCCCCUAACAUUAUAUAUAUAUAUAUGUAUAUGUUGAAGUUAAAGGCGUUCUUUGGGAAAAUGAACUUUAUUGCUUAAAUUUUCGACGCCGGUUCCCCAGGUCGUCGUCAGACGCAGACUGAGAGUAAAUGUGCCGACAACAGUUAACAUCUGGUAUCGCACGUGGAAAAAAUCGAUAAUCGUUCGCGUUUGUGCCCGUGAGCGGCCGCUAUUUGCGUCAUUCUGUGCCGAUUGGCUCUCGUCUCUUCCAUUUCUCCUUGAGACUUUUGUACGCGGCGUCCAACUCAAUGUGACGGUUGAUGCACGAUUCAUCCGAGUGCAUGGCCUCAAGGAACUCUCGGCCUUUCUUGAAGGGGCAGGCGCCGACAAUCCGUGUUCUGUCCCAAGCAAACGUAUGCCACGUGCGAUACCAGAUGUUAACUGUUGUCGGCACAUUUACUCUCAGUCUGCGUCUGACGACGACCUGGGGAACCGGCGUCGAAAAUUUACGCAAUAAAGUUCAUUUUCCCAAAGAACGCCUUUAACUUCAACUUAUAUUUCUUGGGAUGCCUACGUUUCAAUAUAUAUAUAUAUAUAUAUAUAUAUAUAUAUAUAUAUAACCAUGGUUCCCGAGAUCGCCUUUUCUUCUCAAUAUAUAUAUAUAUAUACUGUCAUUUACACACUGUCGUUUCGUCCGCACAAUCUGUAGUUGACGAAGCGUUAGUUAGUCCAAGAGGGGUUUGUGCAGCCUGUAUUAUUUUCUGUCACCACUGAGAUCGACAUGGUUUCCAGUCAAGGUUGCAAUAGGGUUUAUGGGACUGUCGACCGUUUUAGAGGUCGGAAAGUUAAGCUAACCACACAAGUCUUAGGGACAGCAGGCCUGUGAAAUUGCCUGAUUAGACAAGAGAUCCAGUUUACCGUUCCAUAUGCUUCGAGUAUUAAUGUGCGCGGUUGAUUAGUCGGCUGGUCCGUCUCAGAGAAAUUAGUUUGCCAGGCCAUGUCUUCAGAAUUCCUAAGAGACGCUCCCCGCGCCCAUUUCUUGUCCAUAAAGAUGGCUCAUGGUGGAGACGGAAACCAAAAUGUCGGACAAUAAUCAAGAUGUAAAGUCUCACGCCCUACGUGACCGGAUGGGUACGGUCCUCUAAUUCACUGACUAGGCACUAAGACUCCUGUAGUUGCGCACACUCCUUACUAUCCUGCAUGUCUUAUCCAAAGACCAUUAAUCAAAUCCUUUACUGGCUUACACUUCCAUUCAUUACACAACUUGGUAAGCAGCCGGAUAGACUAUAAUGACAUUGCCUCCAACUUCUCAGCGUUAUGCAUUGCUGACGUCUCGUUUACUUGACCAUAAUAAUGUAGCCGUAUUCCAAAGAAGACUGUUAGUCACCGUUCAUCUUGAGAUUCGUUUGUGACUUAGGUGCAAUAUACCGAAUGAAACACAUUCCAUGCUGAUAAAUUUAGCUGGUUCUGUUGUGUAAUGAUUUCGUAUAAAAGCAUUUUUUCGUCAACUAUUUCAUUUUUUCGAUCCCACACAUACACAAUGCUUGGGUCAAUGAAGCAUCAACGAAAAAGUAAUUUUGUAUCUAGAAUGUGUGACGAUAUAUCGGACAAUUGCUGACCUAAUGAAUAGCCUUUGCCGGCUUGCCAUAACCGUCGACCUGCUUUUUCCAACGAACGAAAAUUAAAACAACACAAACAUUGAAUCAUCAAAUGCUCUUUACCAUUGGCGACUCUAGUCCGUUGACUUUAAUCGACGCGCGUAUGUUUAUGCUCUAGAGUCCCAAGAGACUGUGUUCCUCGACAGAUCACCGGCGUUUUGGGGAGCUCGAUGAAAAUGUCAUGUGCAAGCAAGUUGUAAUGAAGUUCGCUGCACUCUUUGCGUCGAAUCGGCCAAUUCGCGAAUAAAAUGCUCAAAAAUGUUUGGUGCCCUGUUCAAUGACUUCCAAUUAAUAUUGCCAAUUAAAAACCAGUGCAACGUUCAAAACGCAGACCCCAAACCCAUCUCAGUCUUUCAGCCUGCGUUAUUCAUUCAGGGUCACCCUAAAUGUUCUCAGAUUGCAAUCCCGUCAAACGGUGUAGUUAAGAGAGAGAAAGCCCCAUUAGCAUCGUCUCCCAACGGUUAUUCAUGACGAAAAAUGACGCACGAAUUGUAAUCUGGGUUUGGACAGCACUGGUGGGCGUCAGCCAAAUUGCGAGUUUUUGAAAUUCUUGCCGGCAAAUGCAUCUUCCAAAGGAAUUAUUUUCUUCUCACAAGUUUGGGUUGAAAUCAACUGCUGCUCCGCCAUUUGUCGUCGUCCCAGCCCACUUUUCCAUUUUUAGGCGAAUCUCGUUUUAUUUUACUUUAAAGCAGGUUGCAUAUCCAGUGUUGACCUAAGACGUCCCAAGGUUAUGUCUGUUUCCGAGUCAGCUAAUGUUAAUUGUGCUGCUGAUAUCUAUUUUGUACGAUUUUGCUGCGUCACCCAUCUGCUCCUCAACAGGUCUCCGAAGCGGAGAUGCAGGGCGUUAAGCACCACCUACUAGGGAUCCUCGAUCCGCGGGACGGUUUUCGCUACAAUGUCCACCACUAUCGAACCGACUGUUGGAACCUAAUCGACAGAAUAAACCUUCCUGACUCACCCCGUCUGCCGAUUAUUGCAGGUGGCACUCACUACUACAUUGAGGCCGUACUGUGGAAGGACUUCCUCCAGGCGCGGACGAUCGUGUGCGACAGUAAGGAAACACUGAGCGCCAUUUCCUUGGUGGAGAAAGGGGAAACAGAAGCUGUAGAGGAGCAGACGAAACCUCUGGAGGACCUGCCGCACCAGUCAUGGCCCGAAGAAUUACUGUAAAGUCUAGCUCGUAAAAUAUACAAUUCUGCCUCAAAACUUGUGAUCAGGGCUAAGUUGCCGACUGAUUUUAGUGACUCUGCUUUAGUUCUUCUUGUUUGAUCCAAAGAUGUUUCACCUCCCACGAGGUUCCAAGACGGCUGAGUAGAAUUCACUGGCUUCUAAGCAGCGAUGUUGACUGAAUUAUUGCCGUUCGUAGUCUACAACUGUUCAAGCUAGCUCCUUAAACUUCCAAAUCACAUCUUACCCUCUCUUGUUGCAUGGCUUUGUUCCCAAUACAAUGUAGAGCGCGUUCCGAAAUCGGAGGCUGUUUUUCAGGAAUAGCUAACCCGACAAUCGAAGCACACAUGAUUCCCAUCUUUUGGACUUCUUCCACACAUUUUCGUACGCCUUAGCCUACCGCCCGCAGGUGCCAUGCACGACACACCACGCCACGCCCCAUAAAACCAUUGUUUUGUAUCACCGACUGUGUCAUACACUCCCUCGAGGCCCUCACUCGCACCCGGUUCUAGCUGAUUGACGAAUACCUUUGGCCAUCGACCAACGCUCACUUCUUACUACAACUGCCCUUCAGACUUCUGUACAGAAUAGAACCUGCCAAUGUCUCCUGUCUUCUAAUUCUCAUCUGCACAUGGCUUUUGAUCCUGUUAAUUAAGUGACACCCAUUAUCUUGGCUCCAAUGUAUUGUUGCUUACCCCGGCAGGAAUUGCACACGCCAGGCGACUGCAUCUGAUUAAGUAUACGGCACCGCUGGCGAGCAGAGAUAUCAACAACCUCGCAUAUAUCCCGUUGAACGCUUUUCAUAGAUAGCCUAACAAUUCUGGACUCGUUCGUCAGGCUGAGUAAAUUUGCGGAUGAAGUCGUCUUCAUGGAAUUUAUUUUGUUUAGCUUCAUUUGUCGAUUCUUUGUUUUCUGUUGUCAAGCCACCAGGUGGCCCUCCAGAUAUCUGCUUGCUAUUUACAUGUGUGUUAUUGUCAUGUUUCCUCAGUAUUUUUCCUCCUUGUAGCUUUCAGUAGUCGUUUUUGUCUGACAGACCAAUUGGCGCCAAACACAAUGUGACAUCUAUUCCAGUGUAAAUUUUAAGCCUUUUCGUAUCCUAACGUUUGUAUUCUUUGCCUCACCCUUAUUUCACAGGCGCGAGCUGCCUUCAAACCCACAGGACUAUUACGCCUUCCUAUGGAAUCUAGAUGAGCCAGCGGCCAGAGGCCUUCACCCCAAUGACACGAGGAAGCUACAGCAGGCCAUCCUGUCCAGACUGGCUAUCAACAAACGGCCUCAGACUCAAAACCGGUUGGAGACGCUCGGCCCCGAACCGUCGUCAACAGCACCGGCACCCAACGUGUCAACCAACCGAAGUUACUUGCCUAAGUACAACGAUCCCCAGAGUUUAAUCAUUUGGCUUGACUGCGACCCAGACGUACUGAAACCACGGCUUGAUCAGCGGAUCCAUCAGAUGGUAGAGAGGGGCUUGAUUGCGGAGCUGGAUCGCUUUCUCUGUUCUGCAGCCACUUCCCUAUUACCUUCUACCAUCGUCAACAGCAAAAAAGGUCGGCACCCUUAGGUCUUCAGAUAGUUUCAAACACAACAUCAGUUAAUUGAGAGGUGAACAGGCCUCUGCCUUUUGAUGUUUUGACCCCUGGGCCAUAUAUCUUUGGUGUUAUGAAGGAGCUGAGCCCAUCCGCGGGCGAUCUUAGCAAACGGUACCCAGCACUAGUUGGUGUUUUUCGGCCUUCAUUGUCAUGCUACUGAGACCAGUUCGCAAAUAGACCUAUAUGAGGACAUUGACGGGACCUAAUAUGCCUCAAGUGCAGUAGGUGGGCUAACUCAUGAAAUGUCAACCAAAAUCCCGAAAUGCGUCUUCGUUUCGAAAAGAUUAAUUAAGUAGGGUUGUAAAACUAAUCAUCUUGCAGCAUAAUUCUAUAAUAGUUCAGUUACCUCAGGAUGCCGGCUUUCGAACGAACUUCUUUCCAGCUGCAUGCAAAAACUAUACGCCGUAAAAAAUGGCUUCUCAAGUAACAUGCAUUUUUCUCAUUGAUUUUCGAUGCCCUUAAAAAUUCAAUUAUACUUCCUGGAAAACAUGCAUAAAUAUAUUCAUUCUCUUACUCAUUCAGAAGAAGAUUACGUCUUCUUCCAAUUUUAUAGUUGAAGGAAGGAUAUCGGCUUUUAUGAGCUUUUCCAAUUCCCGAAUAAUUUUGAACCUGACCUGCCUCAAUACUCGUAUUCAGGGUUUCCAAACUACAAGCCGUAUAUUUUCCGCGUACGGAAAACAAUACAUUUCUCUACGGUAUCAAGAGGAGACCAUAUGGGGUUCAUAAAAUUUAACGGCGGAUUUGAGCCGCAUUUGUAAAUGCAGAGACAUGACAUUUUAUGAAUGGUCAUUUCACGGUAUUAAAAAUCUCACAAUUGGAAACUUUUUAAAACCGAAUUAUACCCUUCUUUCAAGCAUAAAAUUGGAAGAAGACGUAAUUUUCUACCGAAUAAGCAAAAGAAUGAAUAUUUUUUAUGCAUUUUUCCCACGAAGUAUAACUGGACUUUUAGGGGCAUCGAAAAUCUGUGAGAAAAAUGCAUGCUACUUGAGUAGUCAUUUCUUAUAGAGCACAGACUGUGUAUGCAACCGGAAAGAACUUCGUUCGAAAACCGGCAUCCUGAGGUAACUGAAUUAUUACAGAUCUAUGCUGCUCGAUGAUUACUUUUACAACCAUACGUAACUAAUCUUUUCGAAACGAAUUUCGGCAUUUCGAUCGACAUUUCAUGAGUUAGUCCACCUACUGUAUGUUGGCAAAGCAGUAGUUGUAGGCGUUUCUCAUGCCAGCAGCUUGCUCCCUUAGGGUUUUAGCUGGCCUGCGUUAGUCUCAUGCUCUCUUUCCGAAGAAAGAAGCUGGGUCGACUACCAGCGUGUGGAAAUUUAGGACAAUUCUGCUGCCUGAGUUGUCUCCUUUCAGACAUCUCUUUGGUCUCUUCAUAGGGAGGGACGCGCGCUGAACGUGAACUUCGUCUGCCACAUUUCUUGGAACACGCCCUCAACCCUGUCUUCCUUCUCGUGCAUGCCCCCUGUGCCUGAGGUACAGCCUCAUGCCGAGUGGCAAACCGCACCAUGAUUGUUCCAUGCGAACUUUUGUGCCACUCAUUCAAUGCCACUCUGACCUUGCGACCUGUUUUUUUCGGUGGCCCGGAGGUUAAAGAUGCGGUCGGGUACUGCACUAUGCUCAUCCACCAGAGUUGUUUAUCCGACCCUCACAGUUACCGUGUUUAUGUGUACUUGCAUAGGACUACCGGUUCCUGGCGUUGCCCGCAUGGCAUAAAACACAUCGAGUCCAACAAAGUGCAUGAAGCUUUUCGCCUACCGGUAGAUUUUUGCGGUUUGUUACCUGUUGAUGUGACCGAUCGGUACCAGGAACUUCGUGCUCAUAUGUCACUGUUUGUAAAGCUGGAGGAAGUCGAAUUUCUUCACUGUUAUCUCGCCCGAUUGGAAUUCUCUACCGAAUCGGCUUGUGCGACUAGAUGGAAUUUUCGGUCUUCAUGCCUUUCGUCUAUCAGAUACGCGUGGAGAUAGCGCUUCUUAGACUGGAUUUUUCCGAGUCAUUUCAAACACCAUUUAUGCACUUCACAGAGCAUGUGUAAUUUGUUCUUCUUUCCUGCGCCCGACGGAUAAUGAAGGGGACCUCCGCACCCUAAGUACUUACCAGUGCCUUUAAUUAAAAUUCGAUAUGCUUUUUAAGUCCGGACGGUGAUUUUAAAAGCAAACCUCUCUGACAGUGCGAAUAUUGUCUUGACCAGUCCUAGACGACGCCACAAAAAACGAGAUAUUUCGACUGGCCAACGACGGGCUCCUCCCUUCGGUGGGUGCUGAACACUGGUGUCGUGGUAUUCUACAGAGCAUCGGCUUCAAGGAGUUUGAGCUGUAUCUUCGUUUGCCGGAGGCGGAACGUCAUAGCGAUGAGGCAAAACGCCUACUCUCCGCCGCAAUAGAGCGCAUGCAAUUUGCAACUAGGCAGUACGCACGUCGGCAGGUCAGUUAUCACCAAUCCUACCUAACCUUUUAUCACCUCGUCUUCGCUUUACCAAUUUUUUGCGGCUUUCUCACAUGGAAAGGCGAGAUAAAAGCUCUCUGACAACCGUAUCCGCGCGUACUUAUUUGUUGUCAGUUCUUGGUAGUACCACUAAGCAGUCGUAUUUCUGUGUUUUCUGCACCAAUCUAUUCCUGCCAAAUAUUCUAUGAACUGUUAGAAUUUGCGAUGACAACAUUCAUCGCGCCUUGUCGUCAUCGUCUUUAAAGUUCACACGGAUGAAUCCACUAGGCACGCGGUCUCUUAGUGGUCUUCUAGAGGAAGCCGACGGGAAAUCAACAAGGGAGUUACAGGAAGUCGCCGUUUAGAAGGGUUACGAGACUCGCUACGCCUAACCGCGCCUCAAAUAAAUUACGUGUUCCUAUAAUUUCCAAAUUUCAUACCGCGCAUUCUCCUUUGAAGCUAUUUUAAAGUUCCCCUCAUGCCUCUAUGACGAGAUCUAUUUUCAUAGGGAAUGCAUUUACCGCGACCAACUCAGGAGCCUUGUGAUCUAGUCAUGCGUGCAGAGACUUCAUUACAGAUAUGUCGGCUGCCGCCAUUCUCUGAUUUCGAAAGGUUUGACUCGGCAGGACUUGCGUAUGACUCCCCGUUUAACUACGGUGUCUUGGUCAUUCGCCAUUUUCGGCAGCACGACUUUUGUUUGCGGUUUAGCCAAAUCUUGCUCCCUUCUUUGACUCUCUGUGUCUUCUCGAGGUGUUCUGAGGCAUGUUUUUGUUCGAUGAGGUACCGUCUUGUUACCCGUCUCACACACUAGACACUUGUUCUCAUUCAUAUCGAGCUUCAUAAACCAACUAUUUUCUUUCUCCUCGGUCGACACAGCUGAGGAAGCCGUGUUUGCCUACUGUCGUUCUUUUUCUUAGAUUUCGAAUCUCACCGAUAUCUUCUCUUUGGGUGAGUAGCUAGGGAGAUUUCUCAGCCUCUCCAUUUCCAAGGAUUUUUGAAGGAGUCCGUUGAAUGUCGUACAGGCUUCGUCUUCGUAUUUGAUAUCCAUUUGAAGGAAUCCCUUCCGUGGGCAUGCAGUUGCCUAUUUGAAGAUUUUUCUGCUCACUUCAUCAACCCCGCUUUCACAAGCUUUUCUACCCCGCUCUUCUUCUUAGAGAUCAUGGAUAAUCAAGCGAUUCCUUGAACGCUCUGCUGAGGGCGGUAUUCCCGUCUACCGGCUGGACGUCACCAACGUCCUGAACAGACCUGAUACCUCAACCACCAGUCAAGAGGCAUUGUGGUCCCGUGACGUGCUGCAACCUGCUCUGCGCAUAGUGCGUUCAAAUCUACCCCCGGCUUUUCGUGCACAGCUGCCUGAUGACCAGCUUCCGCCUCCCUCACCGGAACCCUUCCGGCCUGUCGCGGUUGCAUCGUCCCCGCCAGCAGGAGACACUGAGACCGGAGGGUUGCCACCCUAUAUAUGCGCAGCUUGCAACGGUCGGAUAUUUGUGGAGAGGCAGCAAUGGCAGGCCCACCUUCAGAGCCGACUUCACAAGAAGCGCAUGAGCAGUCUUCGCAAGAAGGCAGCUAUGACGUUGCCUGACCCUUAA